CUUCCUUCCCCCCUUGUCCGCCUGUCGUUAGCCACACAGAAGGAGGGUCCUUGCUGAGCGAUAACAUCUGAGGGGAGUCGACAUCAAGGAUGGACGCGGACAACAACGAGGUCGAACGUCGUCGGGACGACACCAACGGCGAUACGACCGACUCUUCUCGCUCACACCGUCAACACCUCCAUCAAAAUCAUAAUCCCUACGCUCUCGAUCCUACGAACCCGUAUUCGAGCUUGUUAUCCCCACUGCACCUGAGCAACGAACGGAAUAAUCACGGCGGGUUCCCUGGUUUCGAUACCUCCUUGUUGACGGCUUCCGAUUCGUCGUCGACCUCGUCACCACGCUUAUCCAGGACGGAUCCUGUGGGAAGGCCUAUCAAUCUCAACCCCAAUCUCAAUAUCAACACCGACCUAGCCGCCGGGUACUCCCGCCAGCCAGAACGUAAUCACGUUCGGACCCCUUCUACCGGCUCAUCAAUCGGUUCGACGGGAGCCCCUACUACCACCUCGACAGCCAGACCUGGACUGAAACCGAUAUCGAUACCGGGAAAGAACGAGAUGAUUCCCAUGCCAGUACCCCGACCGACAGGGUCUUAUGCCCCUGAUGUACCGCGGAACAUGUUGGACAACCCAGAGCUCGGAGAAGGGGGCUUGACCUAUGCGCAGUUGCAUGGACGGAGAGGGAGCGAUGAUGGAGAUGCCGAUAAUCAGAGGAAUUACUGUCAAUGGAAAGGUUGUCAACAGUGAGUGUCCCGAUUGCCAUCGUUAUCGUCGGGCGCAGAGAAGGGCAGCAG